AUGAGCAUGACCGCGGCACACGAGGAGGUUGUGCAGGAGAAGCUGGGCAUGGGCAGCCGGCCGGAGGAAUCUACUGACGACAGCGACAAUGACCUUCCUGAGCUCUACGAUGCGACCAGUGACAGCGGCAGUGGAAGUCCAACCGUGAAGGAGCCAGAGCUGCAAAAGCCAGAGCCGGCAGAGGCACAGGAGAUCCUCAGACGCUACGCAGCAAAGUUUGGCGAAUCUCGGGACGGCGAAGCUCAGGGCUUCAACCGCCGGGCCUUCCCGUGGUACUCUGGCGAGUCCUACAACGAGAAGGGCGAGGUGGCAAUGGAGGAGCUUGAGGCCGCACUCAAGAAGCGCGCGCAAAAGGCGAAGCGCCAGGCCAAGCUGUGGGACGUGGACUCUGAGGGCGAGCAAGUUACGCUCUGCGCCCACUGCUUGUUGCCGGUUGGUGAGGUUUCCUAUAGCGGCCAGCAAGGUAAAUCCACACCUUUGCAUGGAGAAUGUGCAGCUCAACUUAUGCUGCAAGAGAUGAAAGAGAAGGACGUAAAACGCACGCAAGACGAGGCCGAGAAGAAAAGAGAGAAUCGCUCCGAACAUGGCAUCGGCUGGACGGUGCAGCAGGUCCCGAAGAACACUCUGACAGCUGCAAAGCUGGGAUGCAGCCCACCACAAGGCCUUUGCUGCCUUGUCUGGGACGAGGCUGCUCGGUCACUGCGCCUUGCUGCCACCGCGGAACCUGCAGCCGCGGUGAACUUGGAGUACCUCCUCUUGGCCCUGAAGGUUCGCUUCCAUGCCUGCCGCGAGCCCCUCUUCUCCCUGGACCCGCUGAAUCCCGAAAACCUCGAGAAAACCAUGCUUGAGAAGCGCUUCACCCCAUCCUGGCUUGCCGGCACAAGCAUCGGAGAGCUCAUGUUUCAGGCAGACUACUACCUGAAGGAAUUGUCGAUGGGCGAGCACGACAUGCCCAUGAUGGGAAUGAUGAGUGUCUUCGAUUGGUCGGAGGCUGACAACGUGAAGGGUGGAUGGACCGGACGCGAGUGGUUCGUGGUGAACCAGGCGGAGGUUCGACUGGCCGGCGACAACACGCUGGUGCCACACGUGAAGAUGGGGGUCGAGGCCCGGACUCAGGUGGUCGGAGCAAAAGGCCUCCAGGACACUCCCAUCACCAGCAAGAAUCAUCCUUUGAGGAAGUUUGCCGACAACUUCACAAAGCACUUCGAUCUCAUUGCUGAGCGCCAAAGUGUGAUCUUCCACUUGCGAGAGCUUGCCAAGGCAUCGGUAAUUGCCAAAUUCAUUGUGGAUUCGGGCACUACUGUCCCACCCGAGUGGUGGAGACUGGCUGAUGAACUUGUCAGUGCUGCGAGUGCAAAGACGACUGCCAAGCAAAUUCCACAACUCUGGAACAUGCGGGGCCAAUCACGCAUUCAAGUCCGGGACGGAAAGAUGCUGAAUUCGACCACCGGGCAGUGGAGCUACUUGACCAGCAUCUAUGGGGGCAUCGAGUUCCAGCUGGACCGCUUUGAGUUGGCACAGCGGCACACCUUGCGACCUGUCGGGCCGGGGGCCUCCACAAUGGUGGGCGGCUUGCAGGGAAUGCAGCUUGGACCAAGUGCCGGCCGACCGGGCUUCGCCCCUGCGCGCUUCCAGCUGACACAGCGAGCCCCGGCGCCGGCGCCGGCAGCGGAGCAGCCGCAGGGCGUAGACCUGAACCUGGAUGGCUUCGACCUGACGAAUCCGGACCGGUUCCGUUUGGGUGUGGCCAGCUGCAGCGCCUCUCCGGACUCCUUGGAGGCAAGGGUCCCACUCGGCCAAGCCUUCCUGGAUGGCGUGAGGCAGUCUGCUGCGUCUGCACCCUUCAAGCCGGAAGAUCGACACUUCCUCCGCAACCUCUACAAGGACCAGCUCACAGACCGGACUCAGGAGGGCGACGCCUUCGUUCCGCCGGAUCCAGACAUGAAGUAUGUGAACAAGAUCCGGGCUCUGGUCUCAGAGGAGGAGAUCCUCCGAGGAAAGCGAGUGUCCCUCUUCUCUGAUGCGGCCUUCAUCCCUGAGAAUCCUGGCCCUGCUUUCCCAAGAUCUUGGACAUCCAACUUCCAAGUAGAGCAGCAGGGCAUGUCCACGGGACUUGUGAAGAAGGCUCUCAGGUCGGGCAUGGUGCAGCUGGCCCUGAACCCAACCUUCAAGAAGCUCAUCACAACAGAGAUGCUGCCCAGCACUGCCCCGGUCUUCGAGAAGAGCUCCGAAGAUGGCGCGGUUUUCCGCAUCUACCGCAUCGGCUCCUUGGAGAUCCGCACCCUCCAGGAGCCCGAAUCACCGGAGAUUGUAAAGGUGGUGUUCUCCUUCCGCGGAACCAAGUGGACGGCACUGCCCGGAAAGGCUCAGGUCGAAGACUCCGAAAAGAUCGUACGGGCGAGGAUGUUCGUGGAGUCAGUGGAUACGGUUGGCGACCUGGCAAGGUCGAUCCACGGCAAGGCUGCCGAGCCCACUCAGCUUCUGGAUGCACCAUGGCGCAGCCAGAAGUUGGAUCAUUGUCACUACUUCAUGGUGCUCGAAACGGACAAGGAGAACAUGCUGGUGACGGAGAAGUGCUUGGACGGAACUGUUUCAUUGGUCGUGAACCCAGAGAAUGCUGAAGAUCGCAUGUCCCUGGCCAGACUUCUUUACACUCACGAGAGCAAGGAGGGAUCUGCCUCCGUGCGAGAGGUGAAGGUUUUCCAGGCUUCCAGUGCAAAGCAGACACCUGACGGGGCUACAGCUUCAGACAACAAGCUGUACGCCAGAAAUUUGUACAAGCUGGCCUCCGGCAAGGCGUGGCUGGUGCGAAAGGCCAAAGGUGCCGGAAAGGGUCGCAAGCCAGUGGCCAACAGCGAAUCUGUGCCGCCAGCUGCCGUGCCGAGCUCUGAGAGGCGGACGUACAGCAGCAAGGUAAAGUAUGACGUCCAGGGCUAA